AAAAAAUAGCGGGUGUUACGAGUCCAGCCUCUCCCAAUCCCCAGAAUACGGCCUAAAACUUUGCCGGUUAGCUCUCGGACCUCUGUGUCUAGGGUUUUCUCUCUGCUUUUCACGGGGGAGUGAGGACGAUAUGUACUCGGAUCGCGUCACCGCUGGAGCCAAGAGAUCCAUUAGGGACCGCCUCAAUGGCGCUACCGGCGACGAUCUCGGCCUGAUCCGUUCGACCAACGGCAAAAGGCAACGCCAAAGUGAAGACAAAUGGAAGCAUGACCUUUAUGAAGAUGAUGAAGAAGUUCAAUAUUCAAAAUCCAAAGUUGGUCCCAAAGAUCUACGUUUGAAGCUUCAGAAGAAGGAUUCACAGCAAAUUUAUCAGGGUGGGAAAGCCUCUGGUGUACGGGAUCUUCGUGAAAAGCUAUCCGGCGUAGUACCAGCACAACAAAUUUCUGAACCAAAAGCUAAACCAGUACCAGAGAGCAAUAAGUCUGCCAAUAAAAAUGUCACUUCAGUUGAGAAACCUGGGUCAGAAACCAAAGUAGUGUCAAACCCAAAUUCCUCAAGAAGAAAAUCUCAGCAAAAGUCAAAUUUAUCUGUGGAUGGUUUGCUACAGUCUCUGAGUUUGGAGAAGUAUUCAAUAAUAUUCCAGGCUGAGGAGAUUGAUAUGACAGCACUCGUUCAUAUGAAUGAUGAUGAUCUCAAAGCUUUAGGAAUACCUAUGGGUCCAAGGAAAAAGAUACUCUUGGCAUUGGAUUCCAAAGCUUAGACUGAUGCUUUGAAAAAAAGGGGUCUUUUUGCUGUUCUCGUCCCACAAUGCAGAUCCUAUCACAUGCUGCUGGGGAUUUGUGUGUCCUAACUUCCAUGUAUUAUGCUCCUUUUUCCCUGUUGUGUGAUCAAGCUACUUACUGUGUUGUCUAUGAGGGAAUGGAGUUGACAGAGAUGGGAAUUUUAUUUAUAGAUUGAAUCAAAUCUCAUUUUGUUUGCUCAAA